AUGGCAGAGAUCUAUAACGAUGAAGAUAAAAGAAACUCCUCACCCCUUAAGUCUCAUAGACAUGACGGGUACAAAACUCUUGGACCCGGAAUGGAAGACUCCCCGACUGAGGGGAAAUGGUACGAGAGAGUUAGACUUGUAGGGGGUAAUAGGAUUGUUACGCGCGUGCUGGGAUUUCUGCCAUGUUGUGGUUAUGACGAUGGUACCGGAGAUGAAGCUACCGAUGACCCAAGACGGUCACUGUCUACGUUUGCCGGGGUUUUUGCACCUGUCGCUCUAUCAAUGUUCAGCACUCUGCUAUUUCUGCGUACAGGUUUCUUGGUUGGCCAGGCAGGGGUCCUGGAGUCGAUUGCCCAGCUAGUGCUUGCUUACUUUAUUCUGGCCAUGACAGUUCUGUCCAUCUGUGCAAUCUCCACCAAUGGUGCUCUUGAAGGAGGAGGGGCCUAUUUCAUGAUUAGUCGAGCUCUUGGACCAGAAUUUGGUGGCAGCAUUGGUUUCCUGUUUUUCGCUGCCAAUGUUAUUGCAGCAGGCCUCUAUGUGAGUGGUUUUGUGGAGGGAGUGCUGGAAAAUUUUGGUCCUGGAGGUACACUGCUGACAGAUGACCAGACAGGCCUGCCCACACAUCCCAGUGAACAAUGGUGGAAAUAUCUAUAUGCUACCAUUGUUCUUUUCCUCUGUCUCAUUGUCUGCAUUAUUGGCGGUAGCAUGUUUGCUAAAACCUCUGCUUUUAUCUUUCUGCUGGUGAUUUUAUGCACACUGUCUGUUUUCAUCAGUAUUUUUGCCAAAAGUUCUCCAUUUGAAGUGAAAAUUCCUAAUACAAAUCGUCUAGUUGCGAAUUCUUCCUUCGACAACAUCACUGGAACAUACACUGGGCUUUCAUCAGAAACUUUCCACAAAAAUCUACUGCAUGACUAUACCAAGGAUUAUAACACCCUUAAUAAGAUGAAUUUUGCCUCUGUGUUUGCCAUUCUAUUCAGCAGUGUGACAGGGAUCCUUAACGGGGCCAAUAUGUCAGGCGAACUUAAGAAACCCAGCCAGUCCAUUCCUCGGGGAACAAUUUGUGCUGUGAUGUUCACAUUCAGUAUAUAUUUCAUCGAUGUGUUGAUGAUCGGAGCAUCUUGUGAUAGAUUCCUCCUUGUAAACAACUAUAACUUCCUGCAAGACAUCAAUCUUUGGGCACCAUUUAUUUUGAUUGGUUUAUUUGCUGCGACCCUUUCUGCUGCUCUGGGUAAUUUGAUUGGUGCCUCCAGAAUCCUGGAAGCCCUCGCCAAUGAUCAGUUAUUUGGUGUUUUUCUGAAACCAGCAACUAUUACUACAAAGGGAGGUAAUCCAUAUGUGGCUGUCCUGAUAUCUUGGGUCCUAGUACAGGCUGUUUUAUUGGUUGGCUCACUCAAUGCCAUUGCUCCAGCUGCCUCUGUAUUCUUCCUGUUGUCCUAUGCUGGUGUCAACUUAGCAUGUUUGGCCCUGGAAUUAGCAUCUGCUCCAAAUUUCAGACCAUCUUUUAAAUACUUUACCUGGUACACUUGUGGAGCUGGACUUGUGGGAUCCAUGGUGAUGUGUUUCCUGAUCAGCCCUAUAUACACUUCAGUGGCUAUUAUCAUCAUGUUGCUGUUAACGAUUUUACUCCAUUUCCGCUCCCUACCCACACAGUGGGGCUCCAUCAGCCAGGCUCUUAUAUUUCAUCAGGUGAGGAAGUACCUGUUGAUGUUGGACCCCCGGAAAGGUCAUGUAAAAUACUGGCGUCCGCAGAUCAUCCUCAUGGUAGCACAGCCUCGACAGUCUAGUGAACUUAUCGACUUUAUCAAUGACAUCAAGAAGGGGGGACUUUACGUUCUUGGCCACGUGAAGGUUGGAAGCUGGGAAGAUUAUGACACUGACCCUCUUGGUGAGGAACAAACUCGCUGGAUGACAUUAGUGGAUGGUAUGAAAAUCAAGGCUUUUGUAGAGAUCACCAUGGCAACAUCUGUUGUUGAGGGUAUGAGACAUUUGGUGAGAAUUGCAGGGCUUGGUGGCAUGAAGCCCAACACUGUGUGUCUUGGAUUUUAUGAUACGUCAAAGCCAAUAGACUCUCUAGCCAGACGGCUUGCACAUAAAAAGAAACGCAUUCUUGGCGGAGUUGAAAAUGGAGUUUCCUCCAAUCUUGAGGGUCUUUUUUCUAGCUUACGUGGAGAACAUGAAGAGAAAUGCCUACAACCAAGAGAGUAUGUACAGAUGAUUGAGGAUUCUCUGAAGCUACAGAAAAAUGUGAUUCUAUGUAGACAUUUUCAUUUGCUAAACAAGACUGUUGUUGCAGACACUCGAGCCACAUCAUAUAUUGACGUAUGGCCUGUGAAUUUAUUUCAACCAGACACUGCAAGCUUCUUUGACAACACUUGUCUUUUCAUGCUGCAGUUUGCCUGCAUCUUGAGGAUGGUUCCACCAUGGAAAGCCAAAACUCAACUUCGUGUGUUCUUGUGCCUUAAUGCCCAGACAGAUAAUACUCUCCAGAAGGAACAGAAAUUAGAUGCUUAUCUACAACAGCUGCGUAUUUAUGCCAAGAUCAAAAUUGUCACAUGGGACCACCUCAUGCACAUGCUGCCCCAACAAACUGAGGUGAGCAGUGAGCAGAUGCAGGAUUUUCAUUCUGCACCCAACCAAUUUAUACGGGAAAUGAAUGAGUUGAUAAUAUCACAUUCCAGUCGUACUGUAGUAUCAUUCUUGUACCUUCCCAGACCGCCACCAGAGGACAAAUUUGAAGGCGUAGAUGCCAGAGAAACGGAAAGAGACAAGUUUCUACAACAGCUAGAGUUGUUGUCUAGGAACCUUCCACCAACUGUGUUUGUACAUGGACUUCAUCCAGUUACAUCCACAACCUUGUAAACCUAAACGGCUGUGAAAGGGUAUCAUACUUCAUGUGCUGAAUCACAAACUUUAGCCUCAUUCUGAGUGACACAGUUGAACCUCGUUCUGGUUGACUUAGAUAAGUGUCAUUCUGAGUGAAACAGUAGAACCUUGUUCUGACAGCUAUAGAUAAGUGUCAUUCUGAGUAACACAGUAGAACCUCGUUCUGGUUGACUUAGAUAAGUGUUAUUCUGAGUGACACAGUUGAACCUCAUUCUGGUUGACUAAGAUAAGUGUCAUUCUGAGUGAAACAGUAGAACCUUGUUCUGACAGCUAUAGAUAAGUGUCAUUCUGAGUAAC